AUGGGGCUGCUUUUCGUGGAGGUGCUCCCCCGUGACGCUACCGGCGGGGCGGCGGUGCUCCAGUGCCGCCGGUGCCGUGUGGACGCCGCCUCCGUGGCUGCCAUCCUCUCAAGGGACUUCCAUGGCCGCUUAGGCCGCGCCUACCUCUUCGACCGCGUGGUGAACAUAAGCCUAGGCCCUAAUGAGGACCGGUACCUUAGGACUGGGCGGCAUACAGUGAAUGACAUCUACUGUAUCUGCUGCCAAGAAAUUCUUGGCUGGAGAUAUGCUCAUUGGUCUAUUACAUAA